CAUCCAAAUACACUGCCCUACCAACGCAUCUUCUCAAACUCUUUCCAACUGACCCCUUGCCUGCUGAUUUCUUGUCAACUUGACCUCUCGUCCUCGCCGCUCUCCGAACAUACUUGCAACCAUGAAAUUCAUUCUACUACUGUAGACACAAGCCACAUUCAGGGCUCAACGCCUAAGUAGGGAGCCCUAGACUCGGGCCAGGUUCGAGCAGGUCCGGGCGGUCUAGCAGCAGCCAUGGCGCCAAAGAAGCGCGAGCCCGCUAAGGAUGAGGAGAUUGCAGCUCCGGAGACCAUUGUCUUCGAGCGCUCGGAGCAGGAGGAGCAGUGCGAGAAGAUUUUCAGGGAGCUGGACAAAAUGUUCAAGAAGCUCGCAAAGAUAAACAAACCAGACAAGAUUCACUCUUCAAUUAGGGACAUUACGGCCAAACUCAAGCAGGCGAAGGAGCUCAUCAAGGACUUUGAGCGGGAGGCUCGCGCGGAUGGAGUGCCGCAGAAUGAGCUGGCCGCGCGCAAGAAGGCGCUGGCUGCCGAGCUCAACGGCUUCAUCGCGCUCAAGAAGGAGUUCGCGCAGACAGAAGGGACAAAGGCAGACCUGCUGAACGGUGCCGCGCCGGAGGCGGAGCAGGCGUUGGAAGGCAUGUCCAUGCAGCAGCUGAUGAAGAAGGGCCGGACGGACAUCCAGGACAUUGACAAAACCCUGGAGCGCUCGGAGCGCAUCGUGGAGGACACGAAAGCCGUGGGCACGCAGGUCGCGGCCACGCUUAACGACCAGACCAAGAAGCUGGAGAAGAUCGUGGACGACCUGAACGAGAUUGAGUUCACCAUGAAGAAGGCCAGCGCCGUCAUCCGCGACAUCACGCGAGGCCUGCUCACAGACAAGUGCAUUGCCUUCCUGCUGCUGCUCACGGUGGUGGGCGUCGUGGUGAUCAUCGUCCUCAAGAUCAUCAACCCCAACAAGAAGAAGAUCGCGCAGGGUGCCAGCGCCGCCCUCAACCAGACCAUCAACGCCAUCAACGACACCGCCGCCGGCAGCAGCGCCAUCGGCGCCGUCACCGGCGCCGUCAACACCGCCAUCAACCAAACCUCCAACGCGGUGGGCAGCAUCGGCGGCCGGCGCUCGCUGCUGUCGCGGCCGGUGCUGACCAAGGCGCUGCUGCACCUGAUGGAGCUCAACGCCACGCUGUAGGAGUCCCGUCCGCUGUCGGCAGCGCCUGUUGUAAUGUUUAGAGCGGCGGCGCCGCGGGAGCGCCAGCCCGGCGGGAGCAGCGGAGCUUCUUGUGCGGAGGUCGGGGCGGCGCCUGGCAGGCAGCCCCGCUGUGUGGUGGAGCUGGCGCCGUACGUGUCUGUUCUCUGGCCCCAAGGCACGCAGCUGACGCUAGCGCUGCUCCCAUCAGCUCCAUUGGGGCCGGCAACGCAAUGCCCGGCCCGCUGGGAUGUGGCGGCCGCAGCUGCAGCGGCCGCUGGCCAGAGCUGAUGGCGGUGGGUUCAGGCGGCUGAGCUGCGGGCGGCUGCGUGCAGCUGCAGCCGAGUACAGCGCUGUGCCCUGGUCUUUGUGGGGUUGAGCGCCUGGCGGGAAGGCGGGCUGGGGCUGGGGCUGGGUGUGUUGUGUUCACGUGUAUGUUGGUAAUGGGUUGGCCCCGGCACCGUGUCGUGUGAACGAUGACGUCGUGAGGUGUAGCGUAAUGUUGUCUUAUGGAAACGAUUGUACCUGUAUGUCAAUUACGGGUGCGUAUGCAAUGUGAACCCAAACAAGAACUCAAUGGCUCUCGGACCAUGUGACGAGUGCUGGCACUGUUACCGUACUAGACGUGCUUACGAGAGGUUUGUGUGGCCCCCAUGCAUAUAGCUGUGAUGCUGCACUGACUACCGUACAUAGGGUUGCGAUGUGAACAAUCUGAGCGCGACUUUGGAGUGAGCGGUGAAGCCAAAUGCUGCUACAAGGUGUUGCGCUGGGGUGGCCGCUGCGAAUGUAAAGACGAGCGGCUGUUGCUACCUCGACUCUGUUACCGUGGCCUUGCGUGCUCAACGCACUAUUUGGAUAGGGCAAGGAGCUGUGUGAGCCGCCAGACUUUUGAACGCUUGGGCUUUGGCUAGGGAGGACCCAGGUGAGGACGUGGGGGAGGUGAGUGGCGGCGCAGCAGAAUCUCCGAGCAGUGUUGGGCGGCUGCUUAUUUGCCGCUUCAGACCCAAACACCUUAUAGUCAUGUACCGUACUGCACGGCUGCGUGCCCUGCUGCUGACUAAAUUUCCUGAAGUGGCCACAAUGGAAUGGAACGGACACCGCCGCAUGGCGAUGGCAUAUGCGGUGGCCGGUGGGUUGACGCCUGUUGACGCCACGCGCUCACAACGUACACGGCGUCUAGCGCGACACUACUUAC